AUGCAGGGCUCCAAGACCAAAUCUGGCUCGGCGGAGGCGAAGAGCAACGGCAAGCCAAAGCCGGACAAGGAGAAGAAGGGAGGCGGCACGCCGCCAACCCCCAAGGACAACAGGCCGCGCAAGCCGGCCGUGCCCAAGGCGAGCGUCGCCGGCCAUGGCACGCCGCGCGCGGCCGACAAGUCACCCGGUUCGGGGUCGGCCGACCGCAAGGCGCCCACGCCCAAGGCCGCCGCCGCCUCCCGCCUUGCCACGCCUCCGGAGAAGCAAGGGGGCAAGCCCGCGAAGCCGACGCAGGAGCAGCAGGCGGCGAAGCCUGCUCAGGAGCUGCAGGCGCAGCUUGCCGCGGUCCGAGAAGAGCUCGUGAAGGCCAAGGAGCAGUUGGUGGAGAACGAGAAGGAAAAGGGCAGAGUCCUUGCGGAGCUGGAGCGUGCCAAGAAGGCGGCUGAUGAGGCCAAUGCCAAGCUGCAGGAGGCGCAGGAGACUGAUAAACUCCCUGCCAGCGAGUCGGAGCAGGCAAGCAUGCACGGCCAGCAGGAGGCUGAUGAUGCUGCGCUGCGGUCGACAGUGGAGCAGCUUGAGAAGGCCAGGUAUGAGCUGGCCGAUGCAAUCGAUGCCAAAAAUGAAGCUCUCAGCCAGGUGGAUGAUGCUGUUAGGGCUUGUGAGGUGAAGGCUCAGGAAGUUGAGCUCCUCACUGCAGAGGUUAAGCGCCUGAAAGAGCUGGUUGAUUCCAAGAUGGAUGGCAAAGGGAAGAAGGCUGCAGAAAGAAUUCAGAAUCUUGAAGCAGAGAACUCUGCAUUAAAGCUCAAGCUUGAGAAAGCAAAGGCUGCUGAAGAGAAGGCAAUUCAAUUGGAGCGCAUGGUUGAUGAACUUAAGAGUGAUGUUGGUGAUGCUAGGAAGUCUGGUUCCAAGUCAGAGCUGUUAGCUGAUGAAUGGCAGAAGAAAGCAGAGCUGCUUGAGGUCAGAUUGGAAGAGGCUGAUCAGUCUAAUAUUUUGAAGGGUGAGUCUUUGAAUUCAGCAAUGGAAGAGUUGGAUUCAACAAGUAGUUUGCUCCGUGAUAGAGAAUCUGAAGUUGCUGCUCUUCGGGACAAAGUCAGGUUCUUGGAGGAUGAGCUGGCAAAGCUCAAGAGUGAUAUUGUUGUGUCGGACCAACGGGCCAAUGCUGCGGAGAAAGAGGCGGCAGAUCUAUGGACAGAGGUUGAAGGGCUUAGGUUGAAGCUCCAGACAGCGGAAGAAGAGAAAAUGGAGGCCCUGAGCAGUGAUAAAAAUGCAAGCUCAGAAAUAGAGACCUUGAAUGAACAGAAGAACCAGCUGGCUGACGAGAGCUUGAAGCUACUAAAGAUGAGCUUGAGAAAAGAGGCGCAAGAGAAGUACCUUCUCAAACAAGAUGAGAUUGAGCGUGCUCAGGCACAGGUAGAGGAGCUUAGCUUGAGUCUGAAGAAUACUAAGGAGAACUAUGAGCUAAUGCUUGAUGAAGCAAACUAUGAGAAGGUUUGCCUUACGAAAUCAGUUGAAAGGCUAGAAGCAGAAGCUAAGGGUGCGCAUGAGGAAUGGCAGUCCAAAGAGCUAGGUUUUGUCAACUCUAUUAAGAAUUCAGAAGAAGAGAUAGGUGCUAUCAGAGUUCAGAUGGACAGGACCUUGGAGAUUGUUAAGGAGAAAGAAAAUGAAAACACUGAGUUGCAGGAGAAGCUGCAGCAGCUUGAGUCUCAGCUAAUGGAAGCUAACAGAAUCAGGGAGGAAGCCAACGCUGAAACUGUCCAAUGGAAGGAGAAGGUAUUAGACCAAGAGAAUGAAUUGCAGAACAUAAAACAGGAGAAUGACGACCUGCAGGCAAAGGAAUCAGCUGCUUCUGAGAAGAUUAAGCAACUCUCUUCCCAGCUUGCAAAUGCAAAAGAUGGCACGAUAAAUGGUAACACCAAGGAAGGAGAUAAUGAGAAGGGGGACACUGAAGAUGAAGAUGAACCUGUUGUGGUAGUUUCCAAAAUGUGGGAGAACAGCAAGUUUGCUGACUAUGAUUCAUCUAAGGAGAAGGAGAAUGAUGGUGACUCACAGGUUGAUUUGGAAUCAAACAAGGAAGAUGCAGGUCUUGACAGCAAUGGGUUGCACUCAACUAAGGAGAGCAGUGGCAGGACAUCACCAACUAAACAGCACCAGCAGCAUAAGAAGAAGCCUUUGCUGAAGAGAUUCGGUGGUUUGCUGAAGAAGAAAAGCGAAAAUUAG